CCGGGCCAAACACACCGCCGCCGCCGUCUCACAACACGUUGUCACGUCGUCGCCGGUUCACUGUCACACGCGUAUCCGCCGCCGUAAUAAUAAUAAUAAUAACAAUAAAGUUGACAAUAUUUUGUAUUAUUAUUACAUUGUAAUAAACAAACACCAACGUCGACCAACCAGCCCGGAGACUCGCGCGCGUUUUCCGAGUUCCUGUUUACCGUUUCGAUACGUCUAUUCGUCGACAGAAGAACAUCAGAUUGACAAUUUCACAAACCGGGAAUUGAUUGUUCUCAAAGGGGAACUAACUUGUCACACAGGGAUGGCGUUUGAAACAAAGGAAACAGGCGAGGGUUGCAGUGAAAACAAACGUUGAAAUAAAUUGUCGUCGAGAAUUUCAAUCAAAAAUGUUUAACAGAAAUUUGAUUGUUGUUGCGUUGAUUUUUCUGUACGGCAAUCUAGAAGUAAAUUGUCAAAUGCACGAACCAGACGAAAUAAUGCCUGAAUUUUAUGCGCCACUGGAAAAUUGGACGGUGACCCAAGGCCGAGACAUAUACUUUACGUGCACGGUGAACAAUUUGGGAAAGUACAAGGUAGCUUGGAUCAAAUCGGAUUCUAAAGCAAUUCUGGCCAUCCACACGAAUUUGAUUGCUCACAAUCACAGACUGACAGUUACUCACAAUGGACACAAUACUUGGAAAUUACACGUUUUCAAUGUUCAAAAAAACGAUACCGGAAGUUACAUGUGCCAAAUAAACACGCAACCGAUGAUACUACAGACUGGGUACUUGGACGUGCGGAUUCCACCAAACAUAUUGGACGAGGCAGAUAUCGAGGGGCCGGGUAGUGCCGCCAUGGAAGGUGGUACCAUACGGUUACGGUGCCGGUCCACUGGGAAACCGGAACCAAAAGUUCAUUGGAAGCGCAAGGACAACCGUCACAUUGUCAUCCGGUCCGACGGAGCUAGAGAAAAACAAGAGUCGGCCACUGUUAAGGGCGAUACGUUGGAGCUUACCAACGUGCACCGAACCGACAUGGGCAAAUACUUGUGCAUAGCCAAAAACAACGUGCCGCCAACGGUCAGCAAGGAAUUCAACGUUCAGAUACACUUUCAUCCGAUGAUCAAGGUGACCAAUCAACUGGUGGCCGCGCCGACCGGAAGCAACGUGCACAUUCAGUGUUAUGUUGAAACCUCGCCGAAAGCCAUGCACAGCUGGGCAAAAGUAGACGGUGGCGAUCUCAUGCCCAAUGCAAAGUACAAAAUGUCGGAGACUCCCAUAAACGAAUAUUCAUUGCAAAUGGACUUGACCAUAACAAGCCUUGAACCCAAAGACUUUGGCGGCUAUCUGUGCAUAGCCAAAAACGCUUUGGGUAAAGCCGAAGGAACCAUAAGGCUUCAGGAACUGCAUUUGCCCAGCGCCCCAACCACUUCGGAUGUUCCAGAACAGGAACCAGAAAAAUACGAUGAAGGAGUGCCAACAAAUUCAGACGACGAGAACUUUGUACUUGAGGGGGGCGAACCUACAGCCGAUGGUGACGACCGAUCGUCGAACGACCAACAACGACAACAGGAGCAACAAAAGCAACCAUCAGUAUCCACAAAAAAACCUCCACAGACUGUUCAUGGAGGUGGAAGUGGAGGUGGAAAUGGAGGUGGUGGAGGUGGUGGCGUCCGUCAUCAUGAUAACAAACAAAGACACGGCUCUGUCAAGGGUUCCGGUUCCGGAUAUCCGCCUCGUUGGCUACUAGUGCUGACCGCCGUCGCCACCGUUACACUGUUUCGAUCACCGGCAGUAUCUCGAUGGUGACGACUCCGUUAAUGAGGAGACUGUUGUACGAUGCUUAUCCGGUCAGUGUCCUCGACACUCAACGGUUCCUGAUCUAAGACAAUAAUUUAUUAAUUUUUUUUAAACAAUUUUUUUUUUAUUUUUUACCCAUGGAUCGUUUUAAUCUCAUGACGUUUUCCAAAAUAAAAAUCCUAUACAUACA